AUGUCUUUGGCACGCCACGUUGACCCGGACGAGAUAAUCGAUAGUCUCCAAAAUCUGCACAUAAAAGGUAGCAGUCAUAGACGUGCACACCCUAGUGAAAACAUCUCUACCAUUACCCCAUACUCCUCUCGAUACGCCAGCCAGCAGGAGAUCCCAAGAUUCAAGCUCCCCCACGAUGGUGCCCCAGCCGAUGCAGUUCAUCAGAUGAUCAAGGAUGAGCUCGAUCUUGACGGUAUUCCAAACUUAAACUUGGCUAGUGGCACAUACAUGGAAGAACCCGCUCGGCAACUAAUUUUUGAAAAUAUCGCCAAAAACCUAUCGGAUUGCGAUGAGUAUCCCGCUAUGAUGCAACUGCAUGACCGCUGUAUAAGCAUCCUCGCCCACCUCUGGGGUGUUCAAAGGGGUGAGCGAGCAAUUGGUUCAGCAACCACCGGUUCAUCCGAGGCCAUUCACCUCGGCGGCUUAGCAAUGAAGCGGCGCUGGCAAGAGAAGCGCAUGAAAGAAGGCAAAGACACAUCGAAGCCCAACAUCAUCAUGGCAGCUAAUGCUCAAGUGGCAUUAGAGAAGUUCGCAAGGUAUUUCGAGGUCGAGGCCCGUAUCUUACCUGUAUCAGAGAAGAGCUGCUUCAGACUUGAUCCGGAAUUAGUGAAGGAGAACGUUGAUGAAAAUACGAUUGGUGUUUUCGUUAUUCUGGGAAGCACCUACACAGGCCAUUAUGAACCUGUCGAGGACGUUUCCAAAAUUCUAGAUGAGUAUGAGGCUCGUACUGGAGUUGAUAUCCCCAUUCAUGUUGAUGGUGCUUCGGGAGCUUUCAUCGCCCCUUUUACCCAUGCCAAGGCUGGAGGUCAACGGUGGAACUUCGAGCUUCCUCGUGUCAAGUCCAUUAACGUCUCAGGUCACAAAUUUGGUCUUGUCUAUGCGGGUGUCGGGUGGAUAAUCUGGCGGGAUGAGUCGUUCCUUCCCAAGCAUCUUAUUUUCGAACUUCACUACCUCGGAGGAACAGAAGAGUCUUACACCCUAAACUUCUCUCGUCCUGGUGCCCAAGUAAUCGCCCAAUACUACAACCUAGUGCAUCUUGGCUUCACCGGCUACCAGCAAAUCAUGGAGAACUGCCUAUCCAACGCGCGCCUCCUCUCAAAGUCUCUCGAAGCCACCGGUUGGUACACCUGCAUAUCCAAUAUCCACCGCAAAAAGGGCGUCCACAAACAGGGAGACGCCAACGAGGCCAACACCAGCAGCGAAAAAGAGACAUCCGCUGACUACAAUGCUGGUCUCCCUGUCGUGGCAUUCCGAUUCAGCGAUGAGUUCAAGAAGGAAUUCCCGCAUAUUCAACAGCGUAGUAUCUCGAAUUUGCUGAGAGCGAAGCAGUAUAUAAUUCCUAAUUAUCCCCUCCCGCCGAAUGAGGAGAAGAUCGAGAUCCUUAGGGUGGUGGUUAGGGAGAGUAUGAGUUUGAAUUUGCUGGAUCGGUUGAUUGCAGACAUUUGCCAGGCGACGCAAGAUCUUAUCGAUGAUGAUAAGGAUGAUCUUAGUGUUCUCGAUAGAAAGAGAGAUCCCAGAGCUGAAAAGAUGCACACGGGUACUGUACAUAUUGAUGAUGUCAAUAGAAAGGGGGGGAAGAGACCUAUGAGUGAGGGGAUACACAGAUCUGUGUGUUAA